CUUUUGUUCCUUGUGAGUCAGUCAGUCAGUCAGUCAGUCAGUCAGUCAGUCAGCCAUGCGCGACCGCUCGCCAUUUGCGCUGGAUGCGAGUGCGUGUGCGCGGCUGUCCCGAAUGACGCCUGUGCGGUUUGACUGGAGCCAGCUGGACGCGGACGGAGCCAUGUCGCCCAUGUCCCCGUCCGAAGCGAUCGUUGCAUGGGCAAGUCGCCGCACGACGCUUUCAGCCGAGCCCAGCAUUGCCAGUGGACGAGGGGCAGGCACAGGCGGAGGGGCAGGCGGAGGACCCAACCAACAACGUCAUCAGCUGCUGCGCGCGUCUCCAUUCCACCCGCUGGAUGGCGUGGCUGGCGGCGUCGGAGUGGACGAGGAUGCCGUGUUCCAUUCACGGAGCGCAUCGUGGCGCACCCGGUCUGGGCGGUCUCAGGGCGGACUGUUCCACGCGAGGGAGGCGAGAGGAGGAGGAGGACGAGGAGGAAACGCCGACACGACUACUACCGCUGCUGCCAGCACCCACAGCCAACCGCAUUCGCUCGCACCGGCGUCCACGGCUUCACUCGAAUCGUUCGAGCGACUCGGAGCCUUCUUUGAUAUUGUCGGCGCGUUGUCUCAACUCCCGGGAAACGCGGGAUCGCCGUCUUCUUCCUCUUCGUCGUCCGAUUAUGCGAAUCUGCAAUCCCAAACCGGGAACAAUGACGCGAAUGAAGCGGAUCAGCUGCCACUGGAUGUCACGAGCGAGCAUGGCAGAAACGACAACGACGACCUCGUGUCGGCUGUUCUCGACGAUGGCGCAGCUGCACGACGCUCGGCGUGCGACGCGUUGCUGAAUUCACUCGACAGCGGGAUGCGAAUGAUGGAUCGCUUGUACUCGCGCAGCUUUGCAACUUGGAUUCGCUCAGACCAAAGUUUGCUGUACAUUGUCCGCAACAUGUCCAAAGCUGCUGCGCUCACAGUGGAUGCGCCAGACCGACUCGUUGCCGGCUUGCUGUGGAUGCUGGAAUUCUCAUUCGCCAGUCAUGCUCAUUUUCUCGAGCUCGUCGUGCAGGAGCUGCUGACCGGUUGGCCAGUCACGCGAAUCGUACAGCUCGCUGCUACACUGGGGGCAUGGUGGUACUUUUACCACAAAAAGGCGUUGCAUCCUGCUGGAACUGGCGCCGCGAGUUCUUCGUCGUCGUCUACUUCGUUGGCUUCUUCGAGUGUCUCCUCGCCAGAUUCGUCUUGCACUUCCGCGCACACAGACUCGCCUUCCAUCGAGUCCAUGCAAGCUGCCCUCGAUGACGUCUCGUUAUUCCUGUGCCAUCACCGUGCACGUUCCAUUCCAUCGACACCUGCCUCUAAUCCGCCCCAGGUGGACGGCGUGAGCUCCCCGUUGCGAUUCGCCUCCCCGUCGUGCUCCCCGCGAGUUUCGUGUCCAGAUUCUGCAAGCGCUCCGGGUGGAGCUGAACUUGAUGUCGCGCCUUCGCUUUCUGGCGCGACGGCUACAGCACGGCGAUUGGGUGGCCGAGAGCGUCGGCAGCACAGACAGCAGCUGCAGCUUCAGCAGCGCCAGCUUCAGGACCGCUUGAAGGCCGAUCAGCCUGCUCCCCGUGAGCAACAAGUCACACAUCUCCUCGGUUUUGUGAUUGCUUCUCUGUCCCCGACAGAUGCCAGUGCGUCCCUGUCCGCAAUCACACGGGGCUGGCCGCCUCAUUUUGUCUCUUCACUCAUUCGGCAACUGGAAAUGGCCUUGCUGGCGCCGGUCGGGUCGGACGGGGUGAGCAGUGACGACGGCGAAGGAUCUGCUUCACUUUCUGGCCGGGCCGGCACGACCCACAAGGCGAUGCCUCGUCAGGUGGCUACGGCAUCCGUUCGCGCUCGACUCGUUGGAAAUAUGGAGCGAUUCUGCCAAUCCUUUGCCACGCUGCUGUCCUCGCAGAUAAGCCGCCAUCGAUUGGCCACGCUGCAGCAAAUGCGCGCCCUAUACGAGACACGCCUCGCUGUCGCCCAGCUCAAACUGGAGAUGGCAAAAGUCAGCCUGAGCAUUGCCAAAUGCAAUCUCGCGAUGGCUGGCGGUGGCAGCAACAAUAGCACCCCCGCUAGUCCAGCCGCCCAAGAGGGCACACUGCCGCCUCGUCGAUUUCGCGCCGUCGAGAAAGAUGAGCUGUCGCUCAGCAACAGCCAAUGCAGCGACGACGGCAGUGUCCUUGUGGAGUCUCCAUCUGCCACUUCUCCACCAUAAUACUGUUCGAUAACGUUUGUUUCCCUGUUUGGAUCAUCUUGUUAGUGAGAUUUAGCGUGUCUGCUGGAGUGUUAAAGUUGACCAAAUCUGAUUAUUUAUUGCGAGCUUGGUGGUUGCAAAACACAUGUACAAGCCAUACAUGCACCGCUGCCGCAGUCAGCUAUCGUUUGCUAAAUGGAAUCAAGGAGCAAAUGUGUACACGUAAAUUUCUCCUCCC